AUGAAGCCAAACUUUCUUCUUUCUUCAGCCGUGAGGAUUGCUGUCCUCCUCUUCACCAUUUUCUUCUUUAUGAGCCAAGUUCUACCAGCCAGGGGCAAAUUCAAGGGGAUCUGUGAACGUCCAAAUGGCUCCUGUCAGGACUUUUGCCUCGAAACAGAAAUCCAUGUUGGGAGAUGUUUAAAUAGCCGACCCUGCUACCUGCCUCUGGAGCAUCAACUAAGAAUUGAGAGCACUACACCCAAAAAGGACUGA